UUUAUAUAGGCUGGCACUUUCAAGUUUAUCCUAAUCUUCCACUCCAGCAAUCGCCGGCGGAGUUCUCUCUCCGACAUGAAGCUCUCCGAUCUCGUCGAAAAUGGCGGCGGAAUCGUCAAUCAGGCUCGGAUCAUCGCCGUGUCGUUGGUCGGAAUCGCGGCGGCCGCCGGAACGCGUUACCACUGGGGCAGGAAAUCGAGGCCGUCGGCCGUGAUCGAAGAUCAGAAAAUCAUUCCGGUGAUCGGACGGACGGAAUCCGGCCGGUCCGGAAACAUUGAAGCGUUCCCUCACUAUGUUGCGAGGCAAUUAGGGUUUACGGAUGUCGGGGAGUGCCCGAGGUUGGCAAAGUUGAUGAACGAUUAUUUGAAGAAGAAAAAAGGAUGUGAAGAAUCGAUAUACGAGUAUUUAAUUGAUGAAAAGGAUGGUGAUUCGUUAUACGUGAAGCUAAUUGAAGAGUUGGAGACUUGUAUUUUGAGCUACUUUGCUUUUCAUUGGGACAAAGCUCCUCAAUUGGUUUCUCAGGCAUUGACGGAUGAAUCUGAGCACAAGACAAAGUUCAAAGGCUUAGUGAUGGCCGCCACGAGGAAGCAGAGGUUCGAGAGGGUGACGAAGGAGCUGAAAAUGACGAGGGUUAUAUCGACUCUAGUCGACGAGAUGAAAGCAAUCGGCGGCGGUGGCGAGGCUGAUUCUAAAUGCACCGACGUUAUGGUGCCGGUAGCGCUUAGUCGGAGGAGCCCCGUUCUCCUCCUCAUGGGCGGCGGAAUGGGAGCGGGUAAAAGCACUGUCCUCAAAGAUAUCCUCCAAGAACCGUUUUGGUCGGAAGCCAAAGCAAAAGCCGUAGUGGUAGAGGCGGACGCUUUCAAAGAAACCGACGUCGUUUAUAAAGCAAUUAGCUCCAUGGGCUGCCCCGAUGACAUGCUUUCAUCCUCCGAGCUGGUGCACCAGUCAUCGACCGACGCAGCAUCGUCGUUGUUGGUGACGGCGCUAAACGAAGGCAGAGAUGUGAUCAUGGAUGGAACUCUUUCAUGGGAGCCGUAUGUGGAACAGACGAUUGAGAUGGCGAGAAAUGUUCACAAACAUCGGUAUCGCAUGGGGGUUGGCUACAAAGUUGCUGAGGAUGGCACCAUCACUGAAAAUUACUGGGAACAAGUGAGCCCAGAUGAAGAACAUCAAUAUGAUUUUGAUGGGAUAGUUGAGAAAGAUCGAAAGCCUUACCGAAUUGAAUUGGUUGGAGUUGUUUCUGACCCGCAUUUGGCUGUUAUUCGAGGCAUAAGGAGAGCAGUAAUAAUUGGAAGGGCGGUGAGAGUGAACUCACAAUUGAAGUCCCACAAGAGAUUUGCAAGAGCUUUUCCGAGAUACUGCAAGCUUGUUGAUAACGUUAGACUCUAUUCCACCAAUGUCCUCGGCAGUCCCCCAAAGUUGAUUGGGUGGAAAAACGGAGACACCAAGUUACUGGUGGAUCCCGAGGAAAUCAAAUGUAUUUUGGUGACGAGUAGGAUGAAGGAGAAUGCAGCUUCUGUUUAUGAACUUUACGAAGAUGCAAGCGUUUUAAGUGAGGAAGGUUCUCUAUGGAAAGACACUGUCAUGUCAUCUUCUAGGGCCAAUGUUCAAAUGGAGUUGAAGGCUUCCAUUCAAGCCAUUGAAUCAAAAUAACAACUCUUUUGUAUUUGGUCGGGACGUUUACACUCUUAGGAAUGAAGGAUCGGGUCAAUUUGUGUUCGACUUGUUACAUAAUGUUUUUUUAGAAAUUCGUAAAGAACCCUUUUGAAUGUUUGGCGUGUACUAGUCUUGAAGUGAUCUUGUUGCUGAGUAUUGACGUUUUUAUUGUUGUUUUA